GUUCAGCGUGAAGUGAAAGAAGGAAUAUAUUUCAUCUGUUGAACACCUCAUUCAUCGGGAAAAGGAGAAAUCUGAGUCAGUAGGAACGUGCCAAUGGGGCAAUUCACGUCCAGAACAAAUGGGUUAGGCCCAGGCGUUCUCCACCGUGUUCGCUUCUCAACCAAUGAAGAGGGACCUCCUAGGUACUCGUCAAACCGUUUUAAUGGCAAUGCCAGACAGGGUGACGGCCAAAUACCUCCAACCAUGGUCUCAGAUGAAGAAUCCAGCACGUCUGAGCGCAGAGGCUCGAGGGUAGAGCUGCGGAGACCUUCCAUCUAUAGCACCAUAGACCUAGUGCCACAGCUGGAUAAUUAUGCCAGUUCACUUCCACGCCAGACGAAGAGCAGACCCUCUCUGGAGGUUCUCCGCAGAGCAUUUGAUGAAGUAGAGGUAGGAAUGGAGGCAGCAAACUCCACCACGGACUCAGGAGUUAGCAGCCUGCCGGUCACAGACAGUGGAAAUGAAGACCCCCAAGACCCUACGGCAAAAGCUCCUGUCCGAUUUGGAUGGAUAAUCGGAGUCAUGGUUCGUUGCAUGCUGAAUAUCUGGGGAGUCAUCCUGUUCCUCCGUCUGUCGUGGAUCACCUCCCAGGCAGGCAUUUUGUUGACCUGGGUUAUUAUUCUCAUGUCUGUGACGGUGACCUCGGUAACUGCACUCUCCAUCUCCGCCAUUGCCACCAAUGGCAGGGUGAUCUCAGGAGGGGCAUACUUCAUGAUCUCCCGCUCUCUUGGCCCUGAAAUUGGAGGACCUAUUGGGAUGGUAUUUUCUUUUGCCAACGCACUGGCUUGUGCACUCAAUACUGUCGGCUUUGCAGAGGUAGUCCGUGAUCUAAUGCUGGAGUUUGAUGUCGUCAUGGUCGAUUCCAUCAACGAUGUCCGUAUUGUGGGUGUGAUCACUGUGACGAUUCUGCUGCUCAUUUCAAUGGCUGGAAUGGAGUGGGAGUCCAAGACCCAGAUUUUGUUCUUUCUAGUGCUCAUGAUCUCAUUUUCCAACUACAUAGUGGGCACAAUCAUCCCACCCACUACAGAGAAAAAUGCCCAGGGCAUCUUUGGAUACCGCAGUGAGAUUUUCAUAGAGAACCUGACACCAAACUGGAGAGGACCUGAAGGCAACUUUUUCCAGAUGUUUGCCAUUUUCUUCCCCUCCGCCAUCGGCAUCCUGUCUGGAGCCAACAUCUCCGGAGACCUCAAAGACCCUGCCUCAGCUAUCCCUAAAGGCACCCUCGCAGCAAUCUUUUGGACUACAGUCAGCUAUUUAGUGAUUUCGGUAACUGUUGCAUCAUGUGUAGUGCGGGAUGCUUCUGGAAAUAUAACCGACAUCCUGUCUGGAAAUGCAACUGACGACUGCGUGGGGCUGGCAUGUAACUUGGGCUGGAACUUCACAGAGUGCAUUCAGUCAAAGUCUUGUGAAUAUGGCCUAGCCAACAAUUUGAAGGUGCUGGGCCAGGUUUCUGGUUUCUACUACCUUAUCACUGCUGGUGUCUUUGCAGCCAGCUUAUCAUCUGCUCUUGGGUUUCUCGUCUCUGCCCCUAAAGUCUUUCAGUGUCUGUGCAGAGACAACCUUUACCCAUACAUUGGGUUCUUUGCAAAGGGCUAUGGGAAGAAUGAUGAGCCGUACCGGGCUUAUCUACUCUGCUACAUCAUUUCUGUGGCCUUCAUUCUUAUUGCUGAGCUCAACACUAUUGCAGCCUUGAUCUCCAACUUCUUCCUGUGUUCCUACAGUCUUAUAAACUUUAGCUGCUUUCACGCUUCAAUCACCAACUCCCCUGGUUGGAGACCAGCUUUUCACUACUACAGUAAAUGGACCGCUCUGUUUGGAGCAGUGAUCUCUGUAGUCCUGAUGUUCCUGUUCACAUGGUGGGCUGCUCUCAUCACCUUCUGUAUCAUCUUCUUCCUGUUUGGAUACAUCAACUACAACAAGCCAAAGGUGAACUGGGGGUCGUCAGUCCAGGCAGGUACAUACAACAUGGCUUUGUCGUACUCUGUGUCUCUGUCUGGUGUGGAAGAUCACGUCAAGAAUUUCAGACCUCAGUGUCUCGUCCUGACUGGACCUCCAAACAAGCGACCAGCACUGGUUGACUUUGUUGGCUCCUUCACCAAGCACAUAAGCCUCAUGAUUUGUGGAGACAUUGUCAUGGAGCAGGACCAGCAGACACGUUCGGCAGAUUCCACAGACUGGUUGGUUAAAUGGAUGAACAAGAGGAAGGUGCGCUCGUUUUAUUCACCCUUUUCUGCUGACAGCCUCAGAGUUGGAACACGACACUUGCUGCAGGCUUCCGGUCUUGGCAAGCUGAAACCCAACACCCUGGUCCUGGGCUUCAAAGCUAACUGGAGGGACAGUUCUCCUGAAAGCAUUGAGGAUUAUAUCAACACGAUAUAUGAUACCUUUGACUCCAACUACUGUUUGUGCAUCUUGAGGAUGAUGGACGGACUAGAUAUCUUUGACCAGUUUGAUUUUGAAGUGAACCAGGGCUUCGAAUCUGAUGAAAAUGAUGUCCAGCAAUCUCCCGAGAGGGAACCAGCUGAUGACAUCUCUGAUAAAAGCAGCAGCGAUCAGAUCAAGACUGUGUUUCAGAAUGACCAGGGAAGGAAGACGAUCGAUGUCUACUGGAUAGCUGAUGAUGGAGGUCUAACUUUACUGGUGCCUUACCUGCUCACCAGGAGGAAACGGUGGCACAACUGUAAGGUCAGGGUUUUCAUCGUGGGUGAUGAGCAAAACAUGGAGGAAGGCCGUGAUGAGAUGAUUGCUCUGCUGAAGAGGUUCCGUCUGGAUGUUAAUGACGUUAUAGUCAUGACGGACAGUGAGAAGCGCCCUCAAGCCAAGAGCCUAAGUAGGUUUAUGGACAGUGUCGCUCCCUUCAGGCUACACGAUGAACAGCAAGAAGGCGUGUCGGUUCAGGAGCUGAGACAAAGCGCACCAUGGAAAAUAUCUGACAAAGAAUUUGAGGCCUUCAAACAGAAGUCUGAGAGGAAAGUGAGGCUAAAUGAAAUCAUCCGGAGGAAUUCACAGCAUACUGCUCUUGUGCUUGUGAGCCUUCCUGUGCCCCACAGCGAUUGCCCAAGCGCUCUGUACAUGGCUUGGCUGGAUACUCUGACAUGUGGCCUUCACUGCCCCGCAGUUCUGAUACGAGGAAACCAGCAGAAUGUCCUCACUUUUUACUGCCAGUAAAAAGCUGCAUGAGAAGGAUGAGGAGCCUUUUGUGAGACUAAAAUAGAAUAAUGACCUGGGAACAAUGGGGAACACCCACUGCAAACCCAGUUUCUAAAAUCAGAGAACAGAAGGUGCAAUUGGUGCCGCCAGAGGUGAUUUAUUUAGCACUUAUAGGCAAUAUAAGAAGGCCGACGUACUUGCUUCAUUUGGCAGUCUGACAAUUGUAUCGUAGAGCACGGCUUUGGAAAACAUUACUCCAAAUCUUAGCACAUAAUGCUUAACUUUAUGAUUUACAUUGUUCUGCCUUCUGAUGAUUCUGUUCUUAUGUAUUUUAUUUUAUUUUAUUUAGGUGAUUCCUUUAAUUUGUCAGAAGGCUGUGUAUAUAUACUGUACAUGUAUGUAUAUAUAUAAAGAUAAUAUGGAAUAUACAUCAAAGUAAACAGCAUGAAAUCCAUAUAUAUUACAAAUCAACAAUAUGAGAUGAACAUAAGUCAAAAAAAAUAAUUACUUUUAAGGCAUCAGUUUGCAGGGAUUUUAAUUUCACUUCAAAUUGAGUUUAAUAGAGGUGAUCCACAGGGGUCUAUGCUUGGUCGCCUUUGCUUUGAAAAACAAUUGCCACAUAAUACUUUGAUUACCUUUGAGAGCAGUCACUUUAUUGUGAAAGUUUUCGAGUCAAAAGGAUCUUGACACUCAGAAGUUCCAUUGCUUUAAGUAAGCCUUGUUUGUCAAACACAUGAAUACAAAUCCAACUGACGGUUUUACUUCACUGUACACUAAAUUUUCACUCAUGGGGGCCAUAAACUCAGGACAAAUAAUGUUGAUGUGGGAAUACCUGAAAUUUAGAGGGGAAGUAUUGUGUCAAACUUCACUGAAUGUAUAUGUUGUUUGCUUGGUUUCUGAUCAGGCAACUCUUCUAGGACAAUGAAUUAUUCCUUUUUCACAGAUGACUGUGUGUUCUACUCUUCAAAUGGCAACACUAAUCACACACAAAGAGCAUAUCUAUAGUGUUAUGAGCUGUCCCAAUCAGCACAGAUGCACGAGGACUUUGAGUAAAAAUUGAAAUAGAAAUUAAAUGUGUAUGCAGAUAUCAUUAAUACAGUCUAUACUUUAUAUGCUUAUUCCUUCUGUAUUCUUAUAAAAUUAAUAAACUGUGAAAGGGUUUUGGGAAGGGACGGCGAA